UUCCAAAUGUCAUUUUACGUUUGCGUUGCCGAGGGCCGUGAAAAAACUGAAAAUUAUUACAAAAACCCGUAAAAAUCAAUCAGCUUAUAAAAAAAUAUUGUGUUUAAUUCACAGAGAAUAACUUUAAAAUGUGAUAAACGCCAUAAUCUACUCUUACAUAGCGUUUUUCCAGAAUGCUGAUACAUAUUGCAAUAAUUGCUCGAGUUAACUUGUUCAAUUAUUUUAUGUUAUAAUUCUGCGUGCUAAUUUUUAAUGUUAUGGCUCCUGUUAACAACGACAGACACCCAAGUCAUACAGGCACCAUACCGAAGACGAAGGCUCGAAACAAUUGCAAUGUACCGCAAGAAGCUGUGACUCCCACAAGAAGAGACAUGACGACCAAUUUAGUUUCGACAUCUUUGGAUUGGGUGCCAGUUUCGGAAUACAAUACAAGAUCAAAUUACAAUAAAUCUAGAAAACCAUCAAAUAAUGCUUCUGACCAUGAACUGACUGAUUUAGAUAAUUCAGUAACAUUUGAGAGUGGAUUUGGAAGAUUUGUACCUGUUAGACCACAACCUCGUGCUUUACCUUUAAACGUUCAGAACCGUGAAAAUAUUACCGGUGAUCACCACGACGACGCGACAGCCUCGUCGGUGACUGGGCACACAUUACACCCUUAUGCACAUCAAAUGCAAAAUGGUUUGAUUCCACAUUCUAACCAUGCAGCUGCAGCUGUUAUGAUUGUCAAUCCUACUACACCUAAUGCAGUUACUGGAAAUAUAUCUCAACCUUUCAACGCUUCAAAUCAAAAUAGAAACAACUUGUCAAGAAAUCUAAACCCAGCACGGAAUAACUUUGAAACAAAUAGUCUUGCUAGCAACAAUAACACUACUCCCCCAAUAUCUAAUUCUCGUUCAGGAACGAAAACUGUUAAUUUAAUGAAUAAUAUGUAUGACCAAGGACAAGGCAGCUUCAAUAACCUGAAUGAGAGCAAUUCUCUUCAUAGAGAAUCCGCAAGAGCUCUAGGUGAAGCGAUAGUAGCAGCGUGCCCUGACGCGGCUGCCGUUGAACGUCGACUAGGACAAAUACGAGAGUACAUACGUGUGACGUCAUCUCUCGUUGAUACCAUGCGGAAUUCGGAGGAUGAAGCCUUUAUUGAACACACAAAAGAGGAAUAUGAUGAAUUAGUUGAAAUGGUUAUGCAAUUGAAAGAAAGUGAAAACAAAUUGGAAAAUAUACUGGUCCAGAAAAAACCAGAUAAUGAAGAGGUUCCUGCAUUAGAAGAAGAUAGUGGACCUUCUAUCCCAGAGGCUAGUGGAAAGGCAGAAGAAAAAGUUGAAACUGUGACACCACAAGACAAAACCAAUGAUCUUAAAAAUAAUAAUGAUAAUAUUGUAAACAAUAACCUAAAGAAGGUUACAAAUAUUGAAAAUGAGCAAUUGAACAAAACAUUGCAAAAUGUAAAAACUAGUGAUGACACACUAAAUAAGUCCCCAAAGGCUGCCACUUCUGAUCAGAGUAAUGAUAAUAAACAACAGACAUCUGAAACCGAUUUGGAAAAAGUGGUUGAUUCUCACGAAAAUUCAGAGAACAUUCUUGAAAUAGUAGAAAUAGAAUCGAUACCUUACAAAGAACCUGAAAUUAAAAAAGAUGAUCAGCACUUGAAUGCAAUUUUACGAAAAAAUAUUUUGUCGUGUGUUGAAAAGGUGGCAUUGAUUGAAGAAAUGAAAAACAAAUGCAAAUCACCAACUAAGCAGCAGGAUCAGCAGGAUCUUGUAACAAGACCUGUUUCAGUCCAAAGCAAUGGCUCUAUGUACAGUGACAAUGAACUUUGGCAAAACGAAAUCAAAAGUAAAAUGGAAUUAUCGCAAAUACGCUUGACAGCAUUAAAACAACAACAAAAGAGGCUUUUGAAGUAUCAAGAAGAAGCGAAACAACAAUUAGAAGAUGAGCACAGAGACAGACAAUCACAAGAAAUACAGCCAUCAACAUCACAUGACAAUUUUGUUGGUUUGCAGAACCAGUCGUUUAGCGGUAAUUACCACAAUCCAAAUCGAAUGUAUGCUGCUAAUCAAAUCGGUGUCGCCACAACGCUGCCUCAUUCGACUGAAGCGCUGCAUACCCAACAAAACAUGUCUGAAAACAUAGAGAACGACCACGGCCACUCCAUUCACAAUCACAAUCAGGACGAACGGUUUACACACCGUGACGCCAAUGUUGCCAGCAGUGAGGAGGCAGCAGGAGUUGGCCGCGACAGUGACGGCGAAGAGGACGAAGGCUUGCUCAGUGAGCGUGGCCGUAUGCUGCAAAUGAAGCUGAGAGAACUACAGAUGAAAAAACAGCACAUGGAGAAUUUGGUAACUGAAUUCCAGAAAUUACAAAUGGCGACGUGCCUUGAAAGUUCUCACAAUAAUUACUCCAGUUCGGGAGAAGACAGCGGCGAUGAAGAGCCAUCACGCAAAUGUAAUAAAAGUGGGGGGAAUAUUAAAAAUGAAGAUCCUUUCAAAUUAAUGGAAAUAAAAGCCAUCAAGACUGCACUUCAAAAGACAAAAGACCUUAUGCGGUCAGUGGAGAAUUACGAGACAGAACAACAAAUGGCCGCGGCAGUGAACGAUGAGACGUUCUCAAUACCCGGCCAUUCAAACAUUCAUGAUAACAAAUCCGAAGGCGGUGGCAGCAUGGGCGGAUGGUCACACGAUGGAAGCGUUUGCCGCGUUCGCAACUCGUUACCUCCGCGACACAAGUACACUAACGAACACCAUUCGCAGCACCAGCAUCAACAACAUCAACAACUGCAGCAACAUCAACAACUGCAACAACAUCAACAUCAACAGCUGCAGCAACAUCAACAGCUUCAACAACAUCAACAACACCAGCAACAUCAACAUCAACAGCACCAGAGUCACGAAGCUAACAUAGCUACUUUACAAGAACUUGCGCAAGAAUUGCGUAUGGAAACUGAAAAGAUCAUGGGUGAACGCGCUCGAAUCAAAGAUAUGGUCUCAAAUAAAGAGGUAGCUCGUAAACAGAAGAAAGUUAACGAAGAAGUGCGAGCGGGCCCGAGUGGCGUGCCCGGCCCGGCCGAGCGCCGCCAAAUGCAGCUGCGGGCUUUGCUCGCUGAUAAGCAGAGGGAGCUUGAGGCGCUGCUGAAUAAGGAGAAAGUAUUAUGUGCUGGACCAGAACAACAGAAGAUAAAACCAGAUUCAAGAACUGGUUCUAUUGUGAACCAAUCCUACAAUAGUGAGCAAGAGGAGCCAGAUUCCCGAUCUGAACAGAUUUUAAUGGAUUCCCAAAACUCAAGGGAAACUGAAAACUUCAGGAGUGGCGGCGGCGACAGUGCGCUUGGCGGCCGGUCUGGUACCUCGGCGCCCUCGCACGCUCCCAGUACUUACGCCAGCGAUAGCGAUACGGCUUCUAGAAAUAAAUCCAAUCAAAGGAACCGGACCCGUCGAAGGCAGCCCCUGGAACGACCAGUCGAGGAAAAUGCACCUCAGCCCAACAAUGUUAAUCAAAACGCUCGUCAUGAAGCGCGAGUGGACUCUUCAAAUGUCAACAUGGUUCAACCCACUGCACAGAACGUUGAAAACCCUGUGAAUAUGCCGUACUCACAUAUGCCGCCACCACCAUGGAAUAGCUCUAAGAGUAAUCAGGAUAUGAGAACCAACCAGUUCACGCAAAACAGCCACUCGCAAACCAUGGACCGCCUGAUGGGGACUCCUCAAAUGUCGUUCCCGCCCUCUAUGCCGUUCAACAUGAUGAUGCCUUACGGCAUGGUGGGCGGCUGCGGUUGCGGCUGCGGCUUCUGGGGCGCGUGGUGCUGGCAGCAGCUCGUCAUGCAGCAGCGCGAGAUACACCAGCUCAGGGACCAGCUCAACCACUUGGAAGAGCGUUGGCGUGCCGAGACCGCAUCGCAUACUCUCAACAAUCAAGUGCCUCCUGGAAAUCGGGCCAACAACUAUUGGGAUAACUUCCGAAGCUACUCUCGUCAAAACCUCCUAUCGGCGAACAGCAAGACGAACGCGGACGGGCACCUGGGCGCGGGCGGGCCGCCGCAGCCGCAGCCGCUGGCCGAGCGCUCGCACAACACAUUGACGCGCGCCGCCUCCCACACGCCGCCCGCCAAGCGCAACGACGCCGCCGACCCGCGCCGCCGCAACCUCGCGCCCGACGCGCACCGCCCGCCCGACCAGCCGCCCGCCGAGCCCUCCAACCCCUUCCGCAACCUCAACGUCGCCGACCCCGACCCCGAGGUCGUCCAGGCGCACUCCAACAACCUCAACUCCGCGCCCGCCAAGCGCAAGUCCUCCUCCAAGCUGCCCGCCAAGAACUCCACCGGCCGCCGCAACUGCACGCUCGACUACUCGCAGACCAGCAACGUCAACAUCGCGAGCGCCUCCGAGACCCCCAACCCCAACCUGGCGUCGACGAGCCGCGACGCGCGCGACAAGGCCACCUCGAAGCUGUUCGACCUGCUCCGCGAGAACGUCUACUCGGAGGUCACCGCGCUGAUCGGCGUGAACGAGUCUCACCCGGACUUCCUGAUCCAGCUGUUCAGGGAGCUGCAGCUGAUCAGCUCGGACCCGCUGCGGCAGAGAGUUCUGCAGUCGAUCCGCGGCGUUCUCUCGCAGUACGGCUCGAUCCUGGAGAGUCAGAGCGGCGAGCCCGGCCCCGAGGAGAGCCGGCCCGAGGAGAUAUCGACCACCUCGGAGGAGGCCGCGAACUAUCCCGAGUGCAGUUCGACCACCCGAAACGUGGGCGCGAGCCCGAUUCAGAUCGACAACAAAAUCGUUCGGUUUCUGCUGACCAAAAGUGACGAAGUGUUCACGAUGGAAAUGAUAGAAUCUCUGGCGUCGCAGAUCCUGGUCGGCUCGCCGGACGGCCGACCCUCGCAGCGGUCGAAGAAGAGGCUCGUCGAGGCGCUCGCCAAGUACGAGGGCAUCCGGGUGUCGGACGUUUCUAACGACAUAAUCGAGAACCUGCCGUUUCUGGUUUCGGGGACCGACGAGGGCGACGAGUCGAGUCAGCUGGCGAGCGAGCGCUCCGAGUCGUCCAUAUUGCAGGACGUGGCCGGCUCCCUGAACCUGUUCAGCUCGAGCGACGGCCAGCUGCACCAGCUGAACGCGUGUCCCUACGACGUGUGGCCGGGCCACGUGCACAUGGACAUCGACGGCGGCGACGUGAACGACGCCAGCCCGCGCUCGAGCCAGGAGGGCAAGAUGGAUCUCCUCAACUGCUCGGAGAUGCACAACGGGGACCUGGCCGAGGCCGACCAGACGUGCCGCUCGGAGGGCGAGGCGCGCGACGACGCGGCCGAGGCGCUGCCCGACGUGGUGGACACCGAGGAGCCCACGCCCACUGAGGCGGAAGCGGAAUGGCUCGGGCUUGACCGUGUGCCAACAAGGCUGCACAUGGGUGAAUCGUCUGAAAAACAAAAAGGUGAUGUUAAUAUUCAGUAACAUGUAGGAGCAAACACCCAAACUUAGCCUUGGCUAAUAUACUGUUUGAGUGGCAACUGAAAAGCAAUAAUAAAAUUAUUAAUCUUCAUCACCAUCUGUAACAGACAAAGAAAAUAAAUAGAAAUUAAUAUUAUUCUUCCUCUUUUUUCCAGAUUAAAUCUCGAGAAGUUUGACGAAAUCCUGUUAGUUUUUAAAUUUAUUCCUGUGAAUUUUUAGUAUUGUAAUCCAUGAUUAUUUAAUUAUCUUAACAUUAUUUACAUGACGUCCUUCAUUUGUGUAAUAUUUAUUGGUAUAAAUAAAUAUAUUAUAUAAUUAAAAACUGUUGUUAAAAAUAAAAACUCUCCCAAUUCCUACAUAGAUGUUUAUUAGCAAACCCUUAUAAUCAAAAAACUUUGUUAACCUUAACUACUCAUAAAAUUUAGUCACAUUUUCACGUUUUAGUGUCCCAUAAAGUCAGUGGCACUUGAUCACAUUUUUCUUAAACUAUUACAUGAAAUAUAUUUCGUUAAAGACACUGUAGGAAUUGAUAAAUGUUCCCGCCAUGUGUGUUCCAGUACAGCGACUCCAGCGCAUCUUCAAUACUCUUGUUUGAAUUCUUGAUCUCGGUUGUCUCAGGUGCAUUGGUUUUCUCUUUUUGUACUUCUGUAGAUAAAAUGGAAAUUGCUCAGUGAAGAAAAAAUCUAGUAAUAGAUUUUUUUAUUUAAGUAAUUUAUUACUUUGCCAAUAAGUUCAGAGACUAUAUCAUAUGGACCAUGAGACAACGAGAUAUAUCUGGAUUGUUGUGGGUUGGACGUAGUAAACAUGGAUUGUAGGUUGAAGGCGACGGCACCAUACCCUCUGAAAUAAAUUCGGACUUCAUCACACUGUGGCUUUAACGUCACAGUGGGAAGUCUCCGCUGAGUUUUGUUGCUGUUUCAAGGCCGUAUUACAAUAUGUACAAAAUUAUUAUUAAAUACUUAUGCCGAGUUGCACCACCUAACUUUAACCGUAACGAUAACCGGUGAUUCUUGGAUGGAGUUUGACAGACGUGUGAUGUUUCUUAAAGUUAAAGUAAGAUGGUGCAAUCCAGCCUUAUUGUUUUUAAAUCGAGCCAAUAAAAUGUCGCUUCAAAAAUAAGACAACUAAUAAGAAUGGUCUCAAUAUGAAUAAAAGGAAGUGAGCAAUUAUUUUAUAGACUCAAAAUAAAAUAUACAGUGUUAUGAAUUUUUAAUAAUAUGGUACAAUUUGGAAAUAAAUAAAGGGCCUAAAACGCAUCAAACAAGCUUUAAAAUGUCCAUAGAAAAAAUUCACGAGUUUUAAUACAUAUGACCAAUUAAAGUAUUUUUUUUUUUAAUUGACAUAAUAUUAAACUUAUUCUAUGCGUUUUAGGUCGAUCAAUGUGAUGUGCUAAUUUUGGGACACCUGUAUGUUUACAAUAUGAAUGAAGCCAAGGCCUGCCUUUUAUUAUGUUUAUAAUCUUUAAAUACCGGUGAAAGGGAUAAGCUGUUUAAUAUUCGCUCUAGUGACAAAAAAUUCAUGAAAUGAUGUACAUUUUACCAUCACCCACGCGUACCUGCAAAAAAUGUUGGCCCUACCUUUUCGUUUCACAAUAUCUUUGAAAUGUAUACCAACUUAUCCCUCUCACUUUGUUUAAAAAAGAUAGAAAACUAAAACACGGCGCCAUUCAAAGAUGGCGCAUACAUAAUUUCUUGUGAGAAAAAUACCAUUCAUACCUAAAACAAUAUCUGAGAUAUCUUAAUAAUAUUGUAAAUACCACUGCCAUAUAUGGGUUUUGCUUGUCUGGUGAUCAAUCUGUCACGAUAUUCUGGAAGUUUUAUCCGCCGUUUAUAUCAGAGUAAAUUUUUGAGUUGCCUAGCAAUUAUCCAGUGUAUAAUUUCGUACAUUACAUAUAAAUUUUACUAGACAAAUGUGAUAAAUAAAGUAGAAUUUUCGAUUCAAUACACGUUUCUGGCUCGCUUUUAGUGAAGUUUGCAUAGUAAAUAUUUAACUUUGAUGUGGCAGUAACUGAAGGCUUGCUGUUGCAUCAGUUACGAUCUACCUCUUAGUUUAACGUGGUAGCUACAACAUCACGGGGUUUCUGCGUUCGUGGAGACGUGUCGUUUUUUCGUUAAACAAAUGCCGCACGACUGGAGAUGUGUAGCCACAGCUCUGUUACCAGCCGCACCGCUCUACUACCAAAGGAACCUACUCAGUUGCGCUAUGCACAGGCAUAGCGUAACAUUAACUUAGGUACAGACCUCAAGAUAGCAAUGUAUAUUUAUACAGGAUGCAGUUUUGUAAAACAACGCCCAUCUCAGGGGUGGUAGGACACAUGAAAGUAAUUACAAGAAAAAUAUAAAUAAAAUUUUAACUAUUACUUAAAUAGUGAAAAACCUUGUUCAAACGUCUCCUAAAACUUUCGAGACGGCGCUUGUUACCGCCCGCACCACCCCCGCGUGCCCCGCUACACCACCGAGCACAUGCGGCCACCGCCCCGUGAGAGCGGGGGGACUGUCCGAUAGCUCGCCUACGUUAAUAGAAUUAUCCUGACUUAGUGGAUUUUUCUAUGAAAAUUCUCAUGGUUCUCAUUCUCAAAAUUAGUGUCGUGUAUAGGCUACCACCCCUGAAAUGGGCGUUGUGUCACAAAACCACACCCUGUAUAGACACAUGUCCUUGUAAAUCAAAAUAUAUGUUAUUGACGAUUAAAUGGUCGACUCAAUUAUUUCAUUGCUCAACAAAAAAAUUAUGAAACAGCAAUUUGUGGCGGCUUCUAGCAAAAACGUGGCGCAGCGCUAAGGAUAAUAUUUGGGACACAGUAUCAAAAGUUAUUAAGACCAUUCAGGGCCUACGCUAAAACUAGCGCGGCGAACGCCCGUCUCCGCCUAAAAAUGCAUAGACAUAUACAACCGCGGCGUGCGCCCGGCUCCCGUGCGUGCGUGUAGAAGAAACACGUCACACGCAUUGUGCUUAUCUCACUCGUGCGGGCGGGCGCUCGCGUGAGUUUUAGCGGAUCCCUCCAAGAUCUGCUGCAGCUAUGGUGUGAGUUGCAUGCACAUUUUAAAAUAAUUAAAAAAUCUUAAAAGUAUUUUUAACAAUUA